AGCAGAUCGUAGAAGGACCGGAAAUGCAAGCAUUGUUCAGGAAGAAUAAUUCAUCUGACCACUCGAUAGACCCCCGGAAGCAGUGGAGUAGCAUUUUCGGCUGGGUCUCGAUCGCAUCAUGGGUUAUUGUUUACUCUCCCCAGUUGCACGAGAACUACGUCCUCAAAUCGGCCGAUGGGCUUAGCAUCGAGUUCGUCUGCAUCUGGCUGGCUGGAGAUGCCUUGAAUGGCAUUGGCGCGUAUCGACAGGGCCUUCUCUGGACCAUGAUCAUUCUGGCUGCCUACUACUGCCUCUGCGAUAUUGCCCUCAUCGGACAGUUUAUCUACUACAGGCGCUACUUCCGAGACGGAAAGCGCAUCAUCAAGGACUCCCAGCAUGCCGCGUCGUUAGACGAGCGCACGCUCCUCCUGCCCACGGCCGCGAACGGUGACCACGAAGAGCAUCAGCACCCGGGUAGCAGCGCGAUCUCAUGUGCGGCAGCAACGCAUGAGGAGGCAAUGCAGGAGGAAGGUGCGGCGCCAUCGACGUGGCAAGGAGAGGCUUUGCGCUACGCACUCGCCCUCGCCCUCGUCAUCAUAUCCGGCGUGCUUGCCUGGUACUUUACAAGCGCCGGCGACAAAAAGCCCAGUUCCGGAGACGACGGCGGGAAAGAUGGGCGGCCGGCUAAGGAGUGGAAAUGGGAUGCACAGGUCUUUGGCUGGGCAAGUGCCUUUCUUUAUUUGUCCUCUCGCCUGCCACAGAUCGCAAAGAACAUGCACACCAAGUGCGAAGGCCUGAGUCUGGCUCUGUUCCUUUUUGCCGUCAUGGGCAAUUUGACAUACGUUGCGAGCAUCAUGAUCACGUCGACUGACCCGGACUACCUGCUCGAGAAUCUAUCCUGGCUCGUCGGCUCGCUUGGCACGAUAUUGCUCGACUUUAUCGUCCUUGCGCAGUUCGUUUCCUAUGCCCCCGAACGCAAAGCGCGUCGUGAAGACGCUAAGAGGGCGCAUGCGUCCGCUAGGGCGGAGAGGGAGAGCCAGGCGCUCGCUGCGCGCAGGGCGAGUACAGCUUCUGCGAAUGGUGUCGAGGCGAAUGGAGUGUGAUGACACCUCAUUAUCGUCCACGUCCUGUAUCCUCCCUUGCGUGCUUCGCCCAAGGCCGCAGCCUCUUUACCAGCAUCACCUUCAGCAGCAGGCUCAAUGAGCUCGAGUACGCUUGUAUGCACUGUACACUACGCAUUUUGAGAUAAUGGCUAACACACGACAA